UCUAUCUGCCGGUUUCCCGCGCGCAGCCCCGCAUCUCCCGCACCAUGGCCACGCUCAUCCUGGAGGACGGCAGCUCGUUCCGGGGCCGCCCGUUCGGGGCCCACGUGUCCGUGUCCGGGGAAGUGGUGUUCCAGACGGGGAUGGUGGGGUACCCCGAGGCGCUGAGCGACCCGUCGUACCGCCGCCAGCUGCUGACGCUCACCUACCCGCUGGUGGGGAACUACGGCGUUCCGGGGGACGAGGAGGGACCCUUCGGCCUGAGCCGGUGGUUCGAGUCGUCGCGGAUCCACGCCGCGGCGCUGAUCGUCGGAGAGCUGACGGAGCGUCCCAGCCACUGGAGCGCCGCCAAGUCCCUGGACCAGUGGCUGCAGGAGCACGGCGUCCCGGGUCUGCAAGGUGUGGACACGCGGCGUCUCACCAAGAAGAUCCGGGAGAAGGGGACCAUGCUGGGGAAGCUGGUCCUGGACCAGACCCCCUCAGAUGACGUCCCCUUCGAGAACCCGGACCAGAGGAACCUGGUCCAGGAGGUCUCCAUGAAGGAGCCCAGAGUCUUCAACCCGAGUGGCGGAGUCCGGAUCACCGUGGUGGACUGCGGCAUCAAGUUCAACCAGAUCCGCUGCCUGGCCCAGAGGGGGGCCCGCGUCACCGUGCUGCCCUGGGACCACCCGCUGGACCCCAAUGACUUCGACGGUCUGUUCAUCAGUAACGGACCUGGAGACCCCCGGUUCUGCCAGACCACCAUCGAGAACCUGCGGGCCGUGGUCUGCGUGGAGAACCCCAAGCCGGUGUUCGGGAUCUGCCUGGGCCACCAGCUGCUGGCCCUGCUGAUCGGGGCCAAGACCUACAAGAUGAAGUACGGGAACCGGGGCCACAACCAGCCGUGCCUCCACCACGGAACCGGCCGCUGCUUCAUCACCAGCCAGAACCACGGCUUCGCCGUCGACGCCGGAACGCUGCCGCCGGACUGGAGCGUUCUCUUCACCAACGCCAACGACCAGACCAACGAGGGCAUCGUGCACCAGUCCAAGCCGCUCUUCAGCGUUCAGUUCCACCCGGAGCACAUGGCCGGCCCCACGGACCUGGUGGGCCUGUUCGACGUGUUCCUCGACACGGUGAGGGAACACCGAGACGGAACCCUGACGCAGUCCAUGAAGCAGCGUCUGACGGACCACCUGACGUUCCCCGCCUCCCCUCGGCCCUCAGAGGUCCGGCGGCCCCGGAAGGUCCUGAUCCUGGGUUCUGGAGGUCUGUCCAUCGGCCAGGCCGGGGAGUUCGACUACUCGGGGUCACAGGCCAUCAAGGCCCUGAAGGAGGAGAAUAUCCAGACGGUCCUGAUCAACCCCAACAUCGCCACGGUGCAGACCUCCAAGGGUCUGGCGGACAAGGUCUACUUCCUGCCCAUCACGCCGGACUACGUGGUGCAGGUCAUCAAGAACGAGCGUCCCGACGGCGUCCUGCUGACGUUCGGCGGCCAGACGGCGCUCAACUGCGGCGUGGAGCUGACCAAGAUGGGGGUCCUGGACAAGUACGGGGUCCGGGUCCUGGGGACGCCGGUGUCCUCCAUCGAGAUGACGGAGGACCGCAAGGUCUUCGUGGAGAAGAUGGAGGAGAUCGGCGAGCACGUGGCGCCCAGUGAGGCGGCGCUGUCGGUGGAGCAGGCGGUGGCAGCCGCCGAGCGCCUGGGCUACCCGGUCCUGGUCCGGUCCGCCUUCGCCCUGGGCGGUCUGGGCUCCGGCUUCGCCAACAGCCGGGAGGAGCUGACGGCGCUGGCGACGGCGGCGUUCGCCCACACCUCCCAGGUCCUGGUGGACAAGUCCCUGAAGGGCUGGAAGGAGAUCGAGUACGAAGUGGUCCGAGACGCCUACGACAACUGCAUCACCGUGUGUAACAUGGAGAACGUGGACCCCCUGGGGAUCCACACCGGGGAGUCCAUCGUGGUGGCCCCCAGCCAGACCCUGAACGACCACGAGUACCACCUGCUGCGCCGCACCGCCAUCAAGGUCAUCCGCCACCUCGGCAUCGUGGGAGAGUGCAACAUCCAGUACGCCCUGAACCCGGAGUCGGACCAGUACUACAUCAUCGAGGUCAACGCCCGUCUGUCCAGGAGUUCCGCUCUGGCCUCCAAAGCCACCGGCUUCCCUCUGGCCUACGUGGCGGCAAAGCUGGGUCUGGGAAUCCCCCUGCCAGAGCUCAGGAACUCGGUCACCGGCUCCACCACGGCGAACUUCGAGCCCAGCCUGGACUACUGCGUGGUGAAGGUUCCCCGAUGGGACCUGAGCAAGUUCCUGAGGGUGUCCACCCACAUCGGGAGCUCCAUGAAGAGCGUUGGCGAGGUGAUGGCGAUCGGGCGGAGCUUCGAGGAAGCCUUCCAGAAAGCUCUCCGCAUGGUGGACGAGAACUGCGUCGGCUUCGACCACACCAUCAAACCCGUGUCGGAACAGGAGCUGCAGACCCCCACCGACAAGCGGAUCUUCGUGCUGGCGGCGGCGCUGCGGUCCGGCUACACGGUGGAGAAGCUGUACCAGCUGACCAAGAUCGACCGCUGGUUCCUGCACAAGAUGAAGAACAUCGCCGACCACGAGAGGCUGCUGGAGACCUUCAACCAGGACGAGAGCGCCAUGCCUCCAGAGGUGAUGCUGAAGGCCAAACAGCUGGGCUUCUCUGACAAGCAGAUCGCUCUGGCGGUCCAGAGCACAGAGCUGGCGGUCCGGAAGCUGCGCCGGGAUUGGUCCAUUCUGCCGGCGGUGAAGCAGAUCGACACGGUGGCGGCCGAGUGGCCGGCCCAGACCAACUACCUGUACCUGACGUACCACGGCGCCGAGGACGACCUGGGCUUCGGCGAGCCGCACGUCAUGGUGAUCGGCUCCGGCGUCUACCGCAUCGGCAGCAGCGUGGAGUUCGACUGGUGCGCCGUGGGCUGCAUCACGGAGCUGCGCAAGAUGGGCUACAAGACCAUCAUGGUGAACUACAACCCCGAGACCGUCAGCACCGACUACGACAUGUGUGACCGGCUCUACUUCGACGAGAUCUCCUUCGAGGUGGUGAUGGACAUCUACGAGCGGGAGAACCCGGAGGGCGUCAUCCUGUCCAUGGGCGGCCAGCUGCCCAACAACAUCGCCAUGGCGCUGCACCGCCAGCAGUGCCGCAUCCUGGGAACCUCGCCCGAGUUCAUCGACUGCGCCGAGAACCGCUUCAAGUUCUCCCGGAUGCUGGACACCAUCGGCAUCAGCCAGCCGCAGUGGAAGGAGCUGUCCGAGACCGAGUCGGCGGUGAAGUUCUGCGAGAAGGUGGGCUACCCCUGCCUGGUGCGGCCGUCCUACGUCCUCAGCGGCGCCGCAAUGAACGUGGCCUACGGCGACGGCGACCUGGAGAAGUUCCUGAGCAACGCCGUGGCGGUCUCCAGAGAACACCCGGUGGUCAUCUCCAAGUUCAUCCAGGAGGCCAAGGAGAUCGACGUGGACGCGGUGGCGUGCGACGGCGUGGUGGUGGCCAUCGCCGUGUCAGAACACGUGGAGAACGCCGGCGUUCACUCGGGCGACGCCACACUGGUGACCCCGCCCCAGGACCUGAAUCAGAAGACCAUGGACCGCAUCAGGACCAUCGUGCACGCCAUCGGCCAGGAGCUGCAGGUCACCGGGCCCUUCAACCUGCAGCUCAUCGCCAAGGACGACCAGCUGAAGGUGAUCGAGUGCAACGUGCGCGUCUCGCGCUCGUUCCCCUUCGUGUCCAAGACCCUGGGAGUGGACCUGGUCGCCGUGGCGACGCGGGCCAUCAUGGGCGAGGAGGUGGAGCCCGUGGGCCUCAUGAGGGGGAAAGGCAUCGUGGGAGUGAAGGUUCCGCAGUUCUCCUUCUCGCGGCUGGCCGGCGCCGACGUGGUUUUGGGCGUGGAGAUGACGAGCACCGGCGAGGUGGCGUGCUUCGGCGAGAACCGGUACGAGGCCUACCUCAAGGCCAUGCUGUCCACCGGAUUCAAGAUCCCCAAGAAGAACAUCCUGCUGUCCAUCGGCAGCUACAAGAACAAAAGCGAGCUGCUGCCCACGGUCCAGGCUCUGGAGGCCAUGGGCUACGACCUGUACGCCAGCGUGGGAACCGCCGACUUCUACACGGAGCACGGCGUGUCGGUGACCGCCGUGGACUGGCCGUUCGAGGAGGACGGAGAGUGUUCCACCAAGGAGAAGCAGCGCAGCAUCAUGAACUACCUGGAGGAGAACCGCUUCGACCUGGUGAUCAACCUGUCCAUGAGGAACAGCGGCGGGCGCCGCCUGUCCUCCUUCGUCACCAAGGGCUACCGGACCCGGCGGCUGGCGGUGGACUACUCCGUUCCGCUCAUCAUUGAUAUAAAGUGCACCAAGCUCUUCGUGCAGGCGCUGCGCCAGAUUGGACGCUUCCCCCCCGUGAAGACGCACGUGGACAGCAUGACGUCUCAGACGCUGGUCCGGCUGCCCGGUCUGAUCGACGUCCACGUCCACCUGCGGGAGCCAGGCGCCACCAUGAAGGAGGACUUCGCGUCGGGCACGGCGGCCGCCCUUGCCGGGGGCGUGACCUUGGUGUGCGCCAUGCCCAACACGGCGCCGGCCGUCACCGACGCCGACAGCCUGGCGCUAGCGCAGAAGCUGGCCCGGGCCGGCUGCCGCUGCGACUACGCCCUGUACCUGGGCGCCGCCGCCGACAACGCCGACCUGCUGCCGCCGCUCGCCGCCCAGAGCGCCGGCCUGAAGAUGUACCUGAACGACACCUUCUCCACCCUCAAGAUGGACAACGUGUCCCUGUGGAUGGAGCACUUCGAGAAGUGGCCGAAGCAGCUGCCCAUCGUGGCUCACGCCGAGAAGCAGACGGUGGCAGCCAUCCUGAUGGUGGCGCAGCUGUACCAGCGGCCCGUGCACAUCUGCCACGUGGCCAGGAAGGAGGAGAUCGCCGUCAUCCGGGCGGCCAAGCAGAAGGGCAUCCAGGUGACGUGCGAGGUGGCGCCGCACCACCUCUUCCUGUGCGCCGAGGACACAGCGGCCAUCGGCGCCGGCCGGGCCGAGGUGCGUCCGGCGCUGGGGACCCGGCAGGACAUGGAGGCGCUGUGGGACAACCUGGACAUCAUCGACUGCUUCGCCACCGACCACGCGCCCCACACCCUGGAGGAGAAGAGCGGCGAGCGGCCGCCGCCCGGCUUCCCCGGCCUGGAGACCAUGCUGCCGCUGCUGCUCACCGCCGUCAGCGACGGACGCCUCACCCUGGACGACAUCAUCACCCGUCUCCAUGACAACCCCCGCCGCAUCUUCAACCUACCGCCACAGGACAACACCUACGUGGAGGUGGAGCUGGAGCAGGAGUGGGUGGUCCCGUCCUCCAUGCAGUUCUCUAAAGCUCGCUGGACGCCGUUCGCGGGGAUGAAGGUCAAAGGUCGUGUCCGCCGGGUGGUGCUGAGGGGGGAGGUGGCCUACAUCGACGGACAGGUCCUGGUUCCUCCGGGUUACGGGGAGGAUGUGAAGACGUGGUCGUCGGGUUCUCUUCAUCCGGAGCCGAAAGAACCUCCCAAGACGCCGGAGCACGGCCGCCCCACCCCCCCGCGGGAGGCCACGGUUCGAUCCCGGGCGGCCAGCCCCCGCCGCUUCCACCGCUCCUCCGACCCGGGACUGCCUCCAGACAUGGCCUCUCUCCCUCCGAGCGGCGCCGUUGCCGACGGUUACGGACACCCCCCUCCUCUGUCCCGCCUGCUGUCCCCCCAGUCUGGACCUCCUCCCCCCGGACAGGUCCCCCACCUGCAGAUGUCCCCCCUGCUGCACCCGCUGGUGGGACAACAUGUCCUCACCGUGAGCCAGUUCAGCAAGGAGCAGAUGUCUCACCUCUUCAACGUAGCUCACACGUUGCGUCUGAUGGUCCAGAAGGAGCGCAGUCUGGACAUCCUGAAGGGUAAGGUGAUGGCGGCCAUGUUCUACGAGGUGAGCACGCGCACCAGCAGCUCGUUCGCGGCGGCCAUGCAGCGGCUCGGCGGCUCGGUGCUGCACUACAGCGACGCCACGUCUUCGGCGCAGAAGGGCGAGUCGCUGGCCGACUCGGUGCAGACCAUGAGCGGCUACGCCGACGUGCUGGUGCUGCGCCACCCGACGCCCGGCGCCGUGGAGACGGCGUCUCGUCACUGCCGUAAGCCGGUGAUCAACGCGGGGGACGGGGUCGGGGAGCAUCCCACCCAGGCCCUGCUGGACGUCUUCACCAUCCGGGAGGAGCUGGGGACGGUCAACGGCAUGACGGUCACCAUGGUGGGCGACCUGAAGCACGGCCGCACCGUGCACUCCCUGGCCCGGCUGCUGACCCAGUACCGGAUCACCCUGCGCUACGUGGCGCCGCCGAACCUGCACAUGCCCGAUGACAUCAUCCGCUACGUGGCGUCCAAGGGCAUCAAGCAGGAGGAGUUCGACAGCCUGGAGGAAGCUCUGCCCGACACCGACGUUCUCUACAUGACCCGGAUCCAGAAGGAGCGCUUCGGCUCCGAGGACGAGUACCGAGCGAGCUUCGGCCAGUUCGUUCUCACGCCGCACAUCAUGACGGCGGCCAAGAAGAAGAUGGUGGUGAUGCACCCACUGCCCAGGGUCAACGAGAUCAGUGUGGAGGUGGACUCGGACCCCCGGGCGGCGUACUUCCGGCAAGCGGAGAACGGCAUGUACAUCCGGAUGGCCCUGCUGGCCACCGUGCUGGGCAGGUAGACCGCAGCGCUCCACCCGGCCAGCAGGCGGCGCUGCUCCGCCCGGCCAGCAGGCGGCGCUGCUCCGCCCGGCCAGCAGGCGGCGCUGCUCCGCCCGGCCAGCAGGCGGCGCUGCUCCGCCCGGCCAGCAGGCGGCGCUGCUCCGCCCGGCCAGCAGGCGGCGCUGCUCCCCCCGGCCAGCAGGCGGCGCUGCUCCCCCCGGCCAGCAGGCGGCGCUGCUCUGCCCGGCACUCCUUCACUCUCUCAUGGGACCAAUAAUGAUGCUUCUGCUGUCCUCCUGUCCUGCUUCUCUGGACCUUUAUUGAAACUCUCGUGUUUUUCUGGAUCUUUCCUGUAACUUUCCUCUGAAUAAAGCCAUGAAUAAAGACAAGUUCCACUU